AUGAAGUUUAUUGGUAUUAUACUCCUUGUAUUCUAUAGAAUACAUAUAAUAGAGAAUAAAAUGCUGCCGUAUAGUUAUAUGACAGGAAUCACAACCAUGGACACCAAAUCUCCAAGUCAUGUGGAUUCACACUCUAUGGACAGCGGCGAGCAUGAAAAAGUUAUCGGUUUAAAAAGUUACGAUGAGCGAGAAGAAGACUACGAGAGCGAUAACGAAAAGAAACUGCGAUCUAAGAAGCCAUGUGCAAUUGUAGUGUUAUCCAGCGUACAGAAUCCAUCAAUGCAAUCAUUGUUACGUAGAUAUCGAUAUAAUUCUAAAGGAGUUCUAAUUCCAAGUAGCGUGAAGUACUUUAUCAAGUUACCGCAGGGUCUUCGAGCGUCGCCAAUUCUUAUGCCAUUAAACGACAAGGCGUUUUCGCCCCUCGGCGGAUUUGUAAGGUACUACAAGGAAGUUCCUCCAAUACCGCAUUCAUUUUGA